CGCGAAACCUAUACGUGAUCGUGACGUCGCUACGUACUGCCGUUCGCAAGUAGGAACUAGCAGCUGCCAAGCGUUCUGUUGUUGCACAGGAAUUGGGAGCUGGCACAGUCGGGCUACUUAUUGGCUUUGGGGUGAUUUGCUAGCCGGUGUCUGGGGCGCUGCCUGAAAUUCGCCGGCACAAUGGGGAAGUCCUUCGCCAACUUUAUGUGCAAAAAGGAUUUCCAUCCUGCAUCUAAGUCCAAUAUAAAGAAGGUAUGGAUGGCAGAACAAAAAAUUACCUAUGAUAAGAAAAAACAAGAUGAUUUAAUGCAACAGUAUUUGAAAGAGCAAGAUUCCUACAAUAACAGAUUACUGCUUGGGGAUGAACGAGUAAAGAAUGGUCUAAAUUUUAUGUACGAAGCACCGCCAGGAGCUGAAAAAGAAAUAAAAGAGAAUGAGGGAGAAACAACAGAGUACAAAUUUGAGUGGCAGAAAACGGCACCUAGAGAAAAGUAUGCUAAGGAUGACAUGAAUAUCAGGGAUCAGCCUUUUGGAAUACAGGUUCGAAAUGUGCGGUGUAUAAAAUGCCACAAAUGGGGACAUGUGAACACAGAUAGAGAAUGCCCUUUGUUUGGUCUCUCUGGUAUCAAUGCCAGCUCAGUUACCACUGAUGGAUCAGGGCCAUCAAUGCACCCCUCGGAGUUAAUGGCGGAGAUGAGAAGCAGUGGGUUUGCGCUGAAACAAAAUGUGCUGGGGAGAAACUUGACCGUAAACGAUCCAUCACAGGUGUACGUUGUAAGUGAGGAGGAGGAGGAGGAUGAUCCAGAAGUUGAAUUUUUAAAGUCUCUCACAACCAAGCAAAAACAGAAGCUUCUGAGGAAGCUAGAUCGACUUGAAAAGAAGAAAAAGAAGAAAGAAAAGAAACAGAAGAAAUCCCAGAAGAAGAAAAGCAAGACUAAGCAUAAGAAGCGCAAAAGCAGCAGCUCCUCCAGUGACACAUCUAGUAGCAGUGCGAGUGAGUCGGAGAGUGAAGAGGAACAAAGACACAAGAAGAAGGAGACCAAAAAAGAGAAAAAUGCUAAGGAAACAGACCAAAGCAGCAGUGACUCUGAUGAAAAGCAGAAAACAAGAAAGACCAAAGCCUCGGAGCAAUUGUUGAGUGAACGCAGAAGAAAUAGCAGGAUGUAGUAAGUCCUGACUGUAACUCAGACAGUAGUAUCCAGAAACGGACUAAGAAGUCACAGAAAAGCCAAAGGCAUUAUAGAGCUAGAGCCAACAGUAACUCCAGCAGUGAACAGCCAAGGAACAGGCAUAGAAGUAAGAGUAGAAGCAGGAGUAGGAGCAUAAAUAACUAUGAUUGUGGGAAUAGCAAAGAUAAAGAGAGAAACAAGGAAAAGAGGAGCAGGAGCAAAGACAGGCAAAGAGACAGG